AUGUCCACCGCUUUUACAGACGUAGACUCCAAAGCCGACAUCACCUCCGCUAUCCACCCCGUCACAUCCUCCUCCUCUUCCACUCACAAGGACAAAGCAACUUCUCUCGUUGUCGAGACCGAGAAUGCAACAUUCUACGAGAGCGUCAGCGCAGCGCCUCUUGACCCCUGGUCCAAGACGAGCUUCAAGUUGUACGGGAUCUUGCUUGUGGCGGCUCUGAAUGCGACCUCUUCUGGAUUCGAUGGGUCCAUCUUCAGCUCUAUCAAUGCCAUGACGCAGUACAGAGAGUACUUUCACCAUACCGAGCUCGGCAGUUCGACAGGCAUCAUCUUUAUGAUAUACACCAUAGGCAACAUGGUUGGCUCGCUCUUUACUGGACCCAUCUGUGACCAUCUCGGUCGUCGCGCUGGUAUGGCUACCGGUGCUGUCAUCAUCAUGGCCGCUGCAGCCAUCCUCACCGCUGCUAAAAACGACUCUUACCUUCUCGGUGGUCGAUUCUUACUCGGCUUUGGGAUCUCGAUCGGUACAAGUUCGGCACCAACCUAUGCCCUCGAGCUGGCACCACCGCAGUGGCGAGCGAGGAUUGUUGGAUUCUACAACACUUUCUUCUAUACCGGCUCCAUCCUAUCUACCGGUGUCGCCUACGCGUCCAACAAAGCCUCCGGCCAGCUCGCCUUCCGCCUUCCACUCGGACUCCAGCUCCUCCCACCCUUCUUCAUUCUCAUCGGCCUCCCCUUCAUUCCCGAGUCACCCCGCUGGCUCACCGCCCGUGGCAAGAAAGAGAAAGCCGAAGAGAUUCUCGCGAAAUACCACGGAGGAGGGGACGUCAACCACCCAGUGGUACAGAUGGAGUUGAGAGAGUUUGAAGAGGGGAUUGAAGUCAGGAAGGCGCAGAGUUGGUGGAACUACUACGAUCUCGUGGAUAGCCACAAUCAGCGAUGGAGAUUCUUCAUGAUGGCUUGCAUGUCCUUCUUUGCCCAACUGUCCGGCAAUUCCGUCUUGACCUACUACCUCCCCUCCAUGUACACCAAACUCGGUAUCACUUCCGUCGACCGCCGUCUCCUCCUCACCUUCGCAAACUCUAUCGUCUCCUGCGCCGGCGCUGUUGCUGGAUCUGCCACCAACGACAUGAUUGGCCGACGUACCAAGCUCUGGGUUGGGUCUAUCGCUUUGGCAGCCAUGUUUGCUGGUGUAACGGGCUUCUCGAGUCAGUUUGAUGGUGGAAAAGAGGUCUCGCAAGCGUUGAGUAAUGGGGGUGUAACGUUCAUCUUCUUGUUUGGUUGUGUCUAUAGCUUUGUUUAUACACCAUUAACGGCUACAUACUGCGCUGAAGUCCUCGCCAACCACACCAGAGCCAAAGGCAUGGGUAUCCAUGUAAUCAUGUCCAACUGCGCCAACCUCUACAACACCUACGUCACCGCCGUCGCACUCGAAGCCAUCGGCUGGAAAUACUAUCUGGUCUUUGUCGGGCUCAACCUCGUCUACGCCGUUAUCUGGUACUUUUUCGGCGUCGAGACAAGAGGGCGGACGCUGGAAGAGCUCAAUACGGUCUUUGAAGCCAAGUGGCCCCCGAAGGAGGCUUUGCAAAAGGCAAAGGUGGUGGUUUCGGAACGUUGA